AUGAUUAGGUUAGAAAGUAUUAGAGAGAAAAGUUCUAGGUGGGAACAUGAGGUUUCUCCAGCCAUUAGGAAGAAACUAGAUGUCAUAAAAAGUCAGAGGUCAGAUUGGAUGACCAUUCAUGUUGGUGGAAAUAAGUUUGAGGUUAGAAACCAUAGGUAUGCAUACUCUUUGGAUAUGGAUAUGGGAACAUGUGAUUGCAGAAUGUGGCAAAUGAGUGGUAUACCCUAUGUCCAUACCAUGCAAGCUAUCUAUAAGAUGAACAAGAAUCCAGAGGAUUUUGUGGCUAUUUGGUUUAGGAAAGUUCAAUUUGACUAUGCUUAUGAGUUUUACUUGAACCCUGUGGGAGGGAUGGAUACAUGGAACUCAUUUCCUCAUUUGAAUGUACCACUUCCACCAAGACCUAGAACUAUGCCUGGUAGACCAAAGAAAAAAAAAGACAAAGGGUUGCACAUGAGCCAAAGGUGUGUGGGUCUAGGGUAA